GACAAUAUGAGUCGGUCAAACGGGACCUAUGUUUUGGUAUUAUUCUGUAUUUUCCUGGCUUUUGCAGGAACGCAUAGCCACACGUUUCUUCAGCAUCUUCAACGAAAUGUGGAUGAAUACAGAAUAUCCCAUUUCUCGUGGAACCUUCGGAACAUCUACCAUGAUAAAUACAUAUCGCUUAGAACGAUAGAAAACAACAAAGACCGGGAGUUCCGAAAUUCCUUGUUUAGUCACCGCCCGGAUGUCAAGCAACUGCCAGCAAUUGAGCAAGUCGCAAUAAAACUAAAACAGAGAGCGGGGGAUCAACCACAAAUGAUGAUGUAUGGUGGUGGUACUAAUGUCCCGGUGAAACUUCAGAAGAGGGAGGCGGACCACCUACAAAUGAUGAUGUAUGGCGGUGGUACUAAUGUCCCUGUGAAACUUCAGAGGAGGGAGGCGGAACACCCACAAAUGAUGAUGUAUGGCGGUGGUACUAAUGUCCCGGUGAAAAUUCAGAGGAGGGAGGCCGAACACCCACAAAUGAUGAUGUAUGGCGGUGGUACUAAUGUCCCGGUGAAAAUUCAGAGGAGGGAGGCCGAACACCCACAAAUGAUGAUGUAUGGCGGUGGUACUAAUGUUCCGGCAAAACCUCACAAGAGGGAGGCGGACCACCCACAAAUGAUGAUGUACAAGCACAAAACUGGGAAUAAGCCGGUGAAACUUCAGAAAAGGGAGGCCGAACACCCACAAAUGAUGAUGUACAAGCAUAAAACUGGGAAUAAGCCGGUGAAACUUCAGAAGAGGGAGGCCGAACACCCACAAAUGAUGAUGUACAAGCAUAAAACUGGGAAUAACCCGGUGAAACUUCAGAAGAGGGAGGCCGAACACCCACAAAUGAUGAUGUACAAGCAUAAAACUGGGAAUAACCCGGUGAAACUUCAGAAGAGGGAGGCCGAACACCCACAAAUGAUGAUGUACAAGCAUAAAACUGGGAAUAACCCGGUGAAACUUCAGAAGAGGGAGGCCGAACACCCACAAAUGAUGAUGUACAAGCAUAAAACUGGGAAUAACCCGGUGAAACUUCAGAAGAGGGAGGCGGAACACCCACAAAUGAUGAUGUACAAGCAUAAAACUGGGAAUAACCCGGUGAAACUUCAGAAGAGGGAGGCGGAACAUCCACAAAUGAUGAUGUACAAGCACAAAACUGGGAAUAACCCGGUGAAACUUCAGAAGAGGGAGGCGGAACACCCACAAAUGAUGAUGUACAAGCACAAAACUGGGAAUAACCCGGUGAAACAUCAGAAGAGGGAGGCGGAACACCCACAAAUGAUGAUGUACAAGCACAAAACUGGGAAUAACCCGGUGAAACUUCAGAAGAGGGAGGCGGAACACCCACAAAUGAUGAUGUACAAGCAUAAAACUGGGAAUAACCCGGUGAAACUUCAGAAGAGGGAGGCGGAACACCCACAAAUGAUGAUGCACAAGCAUAAAACUGGGAAUAACCCGGUGAAACUUCAGAAGAGGGAGGCGGAACACCCACAAAUGAUGAUGCACAAGCAUAAAACUGGGAAUAACCCGGUGAAACUUCAGAAGAGGGAGGCGGAACACCCACAAAUGAUGAUGUACAAGCAUAAAACUGGGAAUAACCCGGUGAAACUUCAGAAGAGGGAGGCGGAACACCCACAAAUGAUGAUGUACAAGCAUAAAACUGGGAAUAACCCGGUGAAACUUCAGAAGAGGGAGGCGGAACACCCACAAAUGAUGAUGUACAAGCAUAAAACUGGGAAUAAUCCGGUGAAACUUCAGAAGAGGGAGGCGGAACACCCACAAAUGAUGAUGUACAAGCAUAAAACUGGGAAUAACCCGGUGAAACUUCAGAAGAGGGAGGCCGAACACCCACAAAUGAUGAUGUACAAGCAUAAAACUGGGAAUAACCCGGUGAAACUUCAGAAGAGGGAAGCCGAACACCCACAAAUGAUGAUGUACAAGCAUAAAACUGGGAAUAAGCCGGUGAAACUUCAGAAGAGGGAGGCGGAACACCCACAAAUGAUGAUGUACAAGCAUAAAACUGGGAAUAACCCGGUGAAACUUCAGAACAGGGAGGUGGAACACCCACAAAUGAUGAUGUACAAGCACAAAACUGGGAAUAACCCGGUGAAACUUCAAAAGAGGGAGGCGGAACACCCACAAAUGAUGAUGUACAAGCAUAAAACUGGGAAUAACCCGGUGAAACUUCGGAAGAGGGAGGUGGAACACCCACAAAUGAUGAUGUACAAGCAUAAAACUGGAAAUAACCCGGUGAAACUUCGGAGGAGGGAGGUGGACCACCCACAAAUGAUGUUGUACGGAGGUAAAACUGGGAAUAACCCGGUGAAAUUUCGGAAGAGGGAGGCGGAACACCCACAAAUGAUGAUGUACGGAGGUAAAACUGGGAAUAACCCAGUGAAACUUCAGAGAAGGGAGGCCGAACACCCACAAAUGAUGAUGUACAAGCAUAAAACUGGGAAUAACCCGGUGAAACUUCAGAAGAGGGAGGCCGAACACCCACAAAUGAUGAUGUACGGAGGAAAAACUGGCAAUAACCCGGUGAAACUUCAGAAGAGGGAGGCGGAACACCCACAAAUGAUCAUGUACAAACAUAAAACUGGGAAUAACCCGUUGAAACUUCAGAGGAGAGAGGCCGAACACCCUCAAAAGAGUGUAUAUAACGAAUCACAAAUGAUGAUAUAUGGGGUUAAAAAACUCCCUUCGCAAUUAAGGAAUAGAUCGUUCGAAUAUCCACAGUUGAUGGUUUAUACCACCCCUCAGUCGAUGCGUUACAACGGCGAGAAAAGUCAUUUAACGAAACAGUCUUUAGUAGAGCAACCGGAAGAAGAACUGUCUUUUAACGAAUUAAAAACAAGUAGUAUUGAAUCAAACAAUCUGGAAUAUUUUGAUCCGUACAGACAUCUGUGGUUUUCAAUUGCAGACUCUUUGUCUCUUAGGUUCCCAGAGCAGGAGGAUGUGUAUUUCAAGAACUGGAGCCAGCGUAUUGCCCUCCUUCGUAAUAGUCAACUAAACAAAAAUGAAUUCACAGAACUUUUCCCUCGAUUACCAUUGCACGUUAUGCUUGAAGAGUUGUCUCGGACAAACAUAUUUCAAAACUUAUUCUGGCCAUUUAGUUUUGACCAAGCAUUCAUGAAUCAAAAGUUAGCCUUAUUAGGAAUGUCUGGAAUUUCCACAAAUAAGCAUAAACAGAAAGAGAGAUUUUACACUGAACUUGAGAAGCAUCAAACAAUCAAAGUACCGGUAGUAGACGAGAGUGUGAUUUUAAGUUUUGACCAUCCUGAUUUGAUCGAAGGCCUGAACCGUUCAGGGCUACUGGAAAUGAGUAGGGAAUAUGUAGAUGCUGGAAAUCAUUUGUAUACAUUAGAAGAACAAGAGUUCAUUACUGCCAAAGUCCAGGCCGCCAUGGAAAUGAUCAAUUCUACAAAUCCAGAGCUCUACCGCGCUAUCCACCAAGUUAUCGGUUGCAUAGCUUUUUACAAGGCAGAACAGAGCGGAUUCGCUGGAGGCACAAUCAGUUCAGCCCUUGGGGUAAUCUGGCAGGACCCUAGAGCCUACAGAGAGCAGUCUGUGGCCCACUAUGCUGAACAGAUAGUACAUGAGUUCAUCCAUUCGUCCCUUUUCCUUGCAGACAUGGUACACAGGACCUACAUCGACCGAAGUUUGCUCUCUCAGGCUAAGGUCUAUUCGCCUGUACGCGAGGAAUUAAGGGACUUUGAUAAAACGUUCCAUGCUUCGUAUGUCACAACAGGUAUUACUAUAUUCCAAUCGCGAGCAGGAAAUUUAGAAAAGGCGAAGACAUACGCGGGAACUUUGCGUGCGGCUGUAGACGGUUUGAUUGCAAUUCAGAACGAGGAUGGCGUUUUGACCGGUUCCGGAGAGGCAAUGUUACAAUCCAUGGACGAUAUGCUGACUUUGAUCAGAAUAGAAUAGAUGCAGAUGCGUAAUGAAAGUUUUAUAUGAAUAAGUUGGACAUUGUUUGAUUGAAUGUAAUGUUCAUAAAGAAAAAAAUAUAAGGGUUGGACUUCUGCGCUUGGAAAAAAUAAGCUUUUGAUUUAAUAUUGUAUUUGGAUACUGUCUUUCAUCAAUUGACAUUUAAAUUAUCUCAAAUGUUUUGUUUUUUUUUCGUAAUAGCAGAAAGCGCAAAAAUACUAAAUGAUUGGUGAAAGCUGAAAGAUUUACUGUUGUCUACUAUAGUCGCAUAAGGUAGAAAUAACGUGUUUUAUGCCCAUUUCUUCAAAGUGAAAGGGGCAAAAGGACAAUAAAAACCUCCAGCUGGCGCUGAUUAUAAAACAUUUCUUUAAAAUUUUAAACCAUUUUUUGCUUACAUUUUGUGGUUCAAAGUGAUCAAAGUGUUCCUUUUGAUCAAAGGAUUUUUCACUGUUGUUAUUUUGCUGAUAAAACCCCAUAUUUCUUCGAAAAGCAUGAAAGAAAAUUUCAUGCUGUAUAGUCAAGUGAUAUCAAGUUUACGUCAUAACAAAAUCAAAUAUGCAUAUCUUUAACAAAAAACCAUCAAUUUUUGACAGAAUUAUGGCUCUUUCAAUUUCACAUUUUUAUCCUUUUUUUCUGACAAAAUAGGUCAAAAGCUCUGAAUUUAAAUGAAAUAAAUAUUGUAAAACAACACAUAUUUAGUAACAAAAGUGAACAAACCUUGAUAUGUUUUUAUUCCACAUGUUUUAACUAUGUCCAGAAAUUAUUGAUUGAUAUCAUCAGCUUCAUAUGUUAAAUUUUCAAUUUCAUUGUUUUCUAUGAAACUUACACGUUUCCUUUUGAAGCGUUAAUUAAUCAUUCUUGUGAAUCUUUUCCCAGGUUAAAGUAUGUUACACUGUUUUCAUAUUUGUCUUUUUGAAUCUUUCUUUAUAAACCUCAUUGCAUUG